AUGCAUCUUGCUAAGGACAUUGGAAUGGAAAGGCUUGGAAUUGUGGGUGGCGGUCAAGGUCGCGUCAAUCAGCUUGGCGGCGUAUUCAUCAACGGGCGACCGCUACCGAAUCAUAUUCGUUUGAAAAUUGUCGAAAUGGCCGCCAAUGGCAUACGACCUUGUGUGAUCUCCCGCCAGCUACGCGUUUCGCAUGGUUGUGUAUCGAAAAUUUUGAAUCGUUAUCAGGAAACUGGCUCAAUACGACCGGGUGUAAUAGGCGGUUCCAAACCGAAAGUCACAUCGCCGGAAAUUGAGGCGCGUAUCGAGGAGUUGCGUAAAGCGAAUCCGGGUAUAU